AUGUCUUCACGUCUGAUCUCAUCUGGGGCCCGUGGCCUCCUUGCAGCCUCCAACCCCAUGCGGACCACUGCCACGCGCACCUUCAGCUCGACCACCUCCAAGCUUGCCGAUGCGACCGUCGCGCUGCCCGCUCGCAAGCCCGUCGGCGCUUUCCGCGGAGGUCUCUUCGGCUUCCUGCUCGGUAGCACCCUUGCCGGCGCUGGCGUCUACGGCUACGUUCUGCAAGAGUACAAAGCAUCGAACGAGCUUCUGACCGAGGAUAUCUAUGUACGCUUUUGCAUCUGA